CUGCAGGUAAGGGUGGCCACGAGCAUCGAAGGGUAACGAACGGCUCGCCCGAAUCCGGAGUCUUUCUCUGGGCCUGAGGGGAACCUUGAGAGCGUCACCCCUAAGCAAGUAGACGUAUUCCUGUGUUACCCCUCUUCAAAGGAACUUCAGAGGGUGGCAGUUGCAGAGACUUUAUGGGACAGAUCAGACGGGAAAAGGAAAUUGCCUGUCAGGCUCCACUUGCAAGAGAGCUCCGUGGGAAUCCAUGCCCUUUCCCGUGAUUAUCGUAAAAGAUCGAGCUCCCUUUCUGAGCUGAGAACCACCCUUGUUGCCCCUAGAUGAAUAAGAUCGAUCAUUCAACAAGGAUUACCUGCCUCCUACCGUUUGCCAGAUGUGAUUUUAGAUGGAGAGGAUACAUCAGAUUAAUAACUAAUAUUUAUGUAAGACAGAAGAGGAAGAUGUCAUUCCGUAAAGUGAACAUCAUCAUCCUGGUCCUGGCUGUUGUUUUCUUCUUACUGGUUUUGCACCAUAACUUCCUUGGCCUGAGCAGUUUGCUAAGGAAUGAUGUUUCAGAUUCAGGAAUUGUGGGGCUUCAGCCCAUAGACUUUAUCCCAAAUGCUCCCCAUGAUGCUGUAGAUGGGAGACAAGAGGAGGUUCCUGUGGUCAUUGCUGCAUCUGAAGAUAGGCUCGGGGGGACCAUUGCAGCCAUAAACAGCAUUCAGCACAACACUCGCUCCAAUGUCAUUUUCUACAUUGUUACGCUCAAUCAUACAGCAGACCAUCUCCGGUCUUGGCUCAGAAGCAGUACUCUGAAAAACAUCAGGUACAAAAUUGUGAAUUUUGACACUAAACUUUUGGAAGGGAAAGUAAAGGAGGAACCUGACCAGGGGGAAUCCAUAAAACCAUUAACCUUUGCAAGGUUCUACUUGCCUAUUCUGGUUCCCAGCGCAAAGAAGGCUAUAUAUAUGGAUGAUGAUGUAAUUGUUCAAGGUGAUAUCCUUGCACUCUACAAUACACCACUGAAGCCAGGACAUGCAGCUGCAUUUUCAGAAGAUUGUGAUUCAGCCUCUACGAAAGUUGUCAUUCGUGGAGCAGGGAACCAGUACAAUUACAUUGGAUAUCUUGACUAUAAAAAGGAAAGAAUCCGUAAGCUUUCCAUGAAAGCCAGCACCUGCUCAUUUAAUCCUGGAGUUUUUGUUGCAAACCUGACAGAAUGGAAAAGACAGAAUAUAACUAACCAGCUGGAAAAAUGGAUGAAACUCAAUGUAGAAGAGGGACUGUACAGCAGAACACUGGCUGGCAGCAUCACAACACCUCCUCUGCUGAUCGUAUUUUAUCAACAGCACUCCACCAUCGACCCAAUGUGGAAUGUCCGCCAUCUUGGCUCCAGUGCUGGAAAACGAUACUCACCCCAGUUUGUAAAAGCUGCCAAAUUACUCCAUUGGAAUGGGCACUUUAAGCCAUGGGGAAGAACUGCUUCAUUUACUGAUGUCUGGGAAAAAUGGUAUAUUCCUGACCCAACAGGCAAAUUCAGCCUUAUCAGAAGACAUACAGAGAUCUCAAACAUAAAGUAAAACAUAAUUUAUGCUAUAAGCAUUUCUCAGGAAAUCCUGGAAGAUAGUAUGUGUGGGAAGUAAUUGUGGCAACCCAUGGGAAAUGGAACAUUUCAAGUGGGACAAGAGGACAAACGGCACUGUCUGCUUCCCUGAUAGACUCCGCGUUCCUCCAUCUGCCUUACCAAGUGUUUGCUUACUACAACACUGAAUAACCAGAGGUGAAUGGACUGAGAACAGCUGGUACAGCUAGUUCAGCACUGCUGCUUGGUUUUACAUUUGUAACCUGUGGCCUGAUCUAUAAAUAAAUAAAGUGAAACCUACAUUUUUCAGUAGGUAUCGGA